CGAGCGAUUGUCGAGCGAUCCUCCUCGAUCAUCGAGCAGUUUGUACAGCCCUAAAUGCUACUCAUACCCGGCCGACUAGGUCUUUAACGAUUCUUGUAGCUAAUAGCGGAACUACCAACCAGCUGUAUGUUCCCUUGGACUUUCUAGUAAACACCGGGCAAAGGGGUUAACCAAACCAAACGACGACAAUUGGGGUGGAAGAUGGCGGGGAAGACAGUGGUGCAUCCGGCGUUGGAACCUGUGUCGUAUCUGAUAGGAACCUGGAGAGGUGAAGGAGAAGGGGGUUUCCCCACCAUAUCUUCCUUCGCUUACGGCGAAGAGCUCAUUUUCACUCAUCCCGGUAACAAGCCUGUAAUAGCUUACUCUCAGAAGACUUGGAAAUUGAGUUCUGGAGAGCCCAUGCAUGCUGAGAGCGGCUACUGGAGGCCGAAACCCGAUGGAACAAUUGAGGUUGUCAUCGCACAGAGCACUGGUCUCGUUGAACUUCAGAAAGGAACAUACGAUGCAGAAAAGAAAGUGGUGAAGCUUCAAAGUGAGCUUGUUGGAAAUGCUUCAAAGGUUAAAGAGAUAACUCGAGUUUUUACUCUGGUUGAUGAAGAGUUAUCUUAUGUUGUUGAGAUGGCUACCAACCUCACCAAUCUUCAACCACACCUGAAAGCUUCUCUUAAGAAGCUCUAAUGUUCUUCAUUAUGAUAUACAACACGUUUACAUGUUUGUACCUUAAAACGUUAUUGAUUCUGCACAUGCAAUAUGACUUUUUUUGCUGGCCAAAUAUGACCUGUUUAAACUUAAAAAUGGCAUCCUAAAUGAGUAUAUUUCUAUAACUUGGAAUAUUGUAUUUCAA